GAGAAUGAAACUUUCUUCGUUAUCCCUUAAUUUGCUCUUUUGCAAUCCUCCAAAUUAGCAACGGUCCAGAACGUUAAUUCUGACUUGAAAUCAUCCAACAAUCUCCCCCUAAGUCAGAUAUUGACGAUUGCACAAACCUGCAAAACAGAUAACAACCCAACACACCAGAGACUAGACAAACAAAACACACACCGAUAAAAAUCUAACAGAGUCAACACGGCUAAACCAAGGCAAUCCGAGCUCUCCCUGAGAGCAAUACAACGAAAAAUAAUCUCCCCCUAAGUUCAAGCAUCCAAAAAACAAAUUACCAAAGACGAAACGAAACUCAAAAGACUAGACAACAAGAUCACACUCAUUCCUCUAUUUCUUCCUCAAACAGCAAGUCCUCCAGGUUUGCAGGAUACUUUGAAUCGGUGUGAUGAUCUGGUGCUGAUUCAGAGUCAGAACCAUAGAGUUCUUGAAGAGCAGCUGCAAAAGGUUCAAGCGCAGGCGCAUGAUCAUCUCCACCAUCAGAGUCGUCAGAAGCAGAGCUUGAUUCGCUUAUCCAAAUCAGGUUCACCUAUUCCUCAAUCGCAAUAUCCAAUUCAUCAACAAUCUUGUCCACAGAGAGCCAGAGAGUGGGAGACUCAAAACGAUAAAGGUUAAGGUUGAUAGGAAGAGUAAGCAACAUACGAGUUAUGAGAGUCCCAAAAGGUAGAAGAGCAUAGUGGUUAUGAUCGACGAAGGGAAGAAGCGCUCCAAACAACUGAGGGGAGAAAUCAAGAGGUACCUCAGCAACUGCAUGAGCCAUGAUCCAGAUAUCCAAAGGAGUGACUCGAUCAAGAAAGGUGGUCUGAGGAAGAAACAUCCGAGUGAGACAGUAGUGAAAAACCUUAAAGGAUGGCACAAGGAUGUCCACAGGAAGAGUAGAGUCUUCGUCAGGCACAUGUCCAGUCAGAUGAACCGCUUCCUCAGUGAUGUCGAAGUUGAACAAGGGCAGCUCGAACUCAUGGACCAGGUUUUCGCCAAUAGCACUAUAGCAGGAAUGUUGAGGAGGUGACCCAAAUCGCCAGCUGGAAGAGUGAUCAGAUGACCAAAAACCAAAAAAGAGAGAGUGUGAGAUUGCAACCCAAAAUAUCGUAGAUUUGAGUAGAAAACUCGUACGGCCUCAGGACAGAUAAGAGUAGGGUGCUCUUCCAGCAGAAAGUCCCAACCCAGGUUGUGCACAAGAUGCCUAACUUCCAGCCAAUGGACACUAAGACCCACAAAAGGAAUUUGAUGGGUUUGAGAAAUAGGACGAUUGACAAAGGAUUGAAUAUGAUGAUGCAAAUUAAAGGGGAUGGGGUCAUGAAAAAGGGUUCCAGAGAAGGUGAGGGCAAAAGUAUAAGCCAUGACUGGAAGCUAAAGGAACAGAUCAGAAACUUAAAGCUACAACUGAAUGCGAAAGGACGACGAGAAAACACCACACUUAAAUAGGAACAAGGGAAGGAAAGGAGAACAAGAAAAGGAACACAGGAACAAAGGAACACAGAAGCUGAACAUAUACACAGAAGGAAAACAAAAGGAAAUAAAAAAAACCAGAAUCAUCAAGAAGUCGAGAAAUCAGGGAUGGAUUGCAAGGAUCGCAACCCAAUAUCGAAACAAAGGAAGGUAAAUUGAUCUGAUGCUAAGGGUUUGGUGAAUAAAUCUGCAAGGUGAUAUUCAGUACUGAUGUAUUGCAAAUUAAUGACUCUAGAUUGAACGUGAUCACGAAUAAAAUGGUAUUUAAUGUCAAUAUGUUUGGUACGUGAAUGUUGCACUGGAUUUUUAGACAUACAGAUAGCACUGGUAUUGUCACAAAAGAGAAGAAUUGACGAGAUUUUUUAGACCAUAAUCUGAUAGUUGAUUUUCUAAGCCACAACAGUUGAGUACAAGUGUUGCCAGCAGCCAUAUAUUCAGCCUCAGCUGUUGAUAAAGCAAUUGCACCUUGUUUUUUGCAUUACCAUGAAACCAAACAAGUACCCACCAAUUGACAACUUUCAGACGUACUACGACGAUCAGUCAAACUCCCAGCAAAAUCAGAGUCGCUAUACCCCAUAAGAUCAAAGUGAUCUUAUUUUGGAUACCAUAAGCCUACGUCUGGAGUGCCUUUUAGAUAUAAAAAAAUACGUUUAACAGCACUUAAAUGACUUUCUUUAGGACAUGCCUGAAAGCGAGCACACAGGCACACUAUAUUGUAUGUCUGGUCGACUGGUUGUAAGAUAUAAAAGAGAUCCAAUCAUCCCUUGAAAUUUAGACUCAUCAACUGGAGAUCAAGUCUCGUCUUUAUCCAGUUUGACAUUAACUGCCAUGGGAGUUGGAGAAGGUUUUAAUGAGGUAAAGUCGAACUUAGUGAGCAUGGAGGAGAAAUAUUUCGACUGAGAAAUAAACGUUCCAUGAUUUGUCUGUUUAAUUUGCAGACCAAGGAAGUAUUGUAGUUCUCCCAUCAUGCUCAUUUCAAAUACCUCUUUCAUGGAUUUACAGAAGGCAUCACACAUGUCAGGAUUAGUAGAACCGAAGACUAUAUCAUCUACAUAUAUUUGAACAAGAAGCAAGUCAUUAGAAUUGCGUUUAGUAAAUAAGGUUUUGCCAAAUGAUCCUUGCUUGAAUCCUUGAUCAUGAAGAAAAGAUGUUAAGCGUUCAUACCAAGCACGAGGUGCUUGUUUGAGCCCAUACAGAGCUUUUAUAAACAAGAUCAGGAAAU